AUGCUUUCAGAACCUUUUGUAUUACUAAAGAAUUAUCGAUAAUAAUAAGAUGCACCAAAAACAUUGCAAAAGAAAAAAUUGAUUCCAAUACAAAAAAAACUAAUUAAAAAGACUCCAAAAUCUAAACCUUCAAUAAUUGAAAUAGAUAGAAAUCCCUAAUAGAACCAAAUUUAGAUUUAAUAAUAUAUAGAACCCAUAAGUCUUAUAUAAUAAUAUUAAGACGAUUAUUUAAAUUAAGAUUAAUAUUCACCUCCACCAUUCAAUGAAUUAUAAUACACUUUUCAUGACUCUUAUAGUGAAUACAUAAAUCUACCUGAUGAAGCAUUAGGUUAAUGA